AUGGAACUUCCAUCUACGUAUGGAACAUCAACACUCGAUGAGGUCCUUAGCGACCUCAGCGUUAGAUUCGUUAUCAACCUUCCCCAAGAAGAACUCGUCUCGAGAGAGAGAGUAUGUUUCCAAAUAGAAGAAGCGCAUUGGUACUACGAAGAUUUCGUCCGCGAACAACGACCGGAGUUCCCUGCUCUUAGCCUCCCCGUAUUUCUUGGCAAGAUUUUCGCACACAACCCCAUGUUAAGUAAAUGGGGAAUGCACCAGGAUGCGUACAGGGAAUUUAUGGAAUACAAGCAUCGAGUCCCGGUUCGUGGCGGAAUCUUAAUCAAUAAGAAAAUGGAUAAAGUAAUUCUUGUGAAGGGCUGGAAAGCAGGAGCUAGUUGGGCCUUCCCCCGCGGAAAGAUCAACAAGGACGAAGCGGAUCACGUAUGCGCUGUUCGUGAAGUUUUGGAAGAAACAGGAUUCGAUUCUUCUGAGCUUGUGGACCCUUCAGCCUUUCUUGUUGACUCUUCGGAGGAUAAUGCGGACCGACACCUUCAACUUUACCUUAUCAAGGACGUACCCGAGGACUUCAACUUUCAUCCAUUGGCCAGGAAGGAGAUUAGCGAAGUUGCUUGGUUCCCGAUCACUGAACUUCAGGCCCAAUCCAGUGCUCAACGUCGCAGAAGAGAGUUAGCAAAGAAUAAUCCUAAGAGCGGGGCAGAAGACUCUGAAAGGGGCACCGCAAACAAGCUGCGCGUUUACAAAGUCUAUAGUUUCCUUCCAGGGUUGUCACGCUGGAUCAAGGAUCAAAAACGUCAAGCUCGUCAAACACGAAACAAGAAGCAUGGCGGAGUUUACGAAACCGAGCCCGAGUCUUCGGCCGUUGAGACUAGCCCUCCAAGACACCAGAAGACGCGUGAGGAUCGCAAGGCUCAAACACCACAAGCUCCCUUACGUUCAACACCCCAUCAGACCCGACUAACACCUGCACCUACGACGAGUGCUGGUAUGGAAGUCGAUGAGGAUGCUCUCUCGCUCGCAUCUGCAAAACUGCGCCACAUGAUUGGUAUCGGAGGCGCCCCUGCUACAGAACAAUCACCACAAUUCGAUAAGAUCAAUGCCGGACAAUCACUUCUAGCUCAGCUUCAAGGCUCAAGCUUGGCUGCCACCAAGGAACCAGUCCAAGGUCAUGCUGCUACAGGAGUCUCUAUUUCCGUCUCCGCUUUAUUCAAUGCCUCAAAACAAGAAUCGCAGCAGGUACCGCAAACCCCAGUGGACGCCAACAGUAGCUCUCAACUAUCAACUUCUUCGCCAGGUAAUAAUUUUAACCCAUCGGUACGAAAGAACAAUCAUGGUCGAAACGGGCACGGGAAAUACACAAACAAUAAUGGCCAGCACCAAGCCGCAAAGCAAACUGUUACAAUCUUGCAAAGAGGGCAGCCUCUUCCAAACCAUCCCCGUCAACCCAACCAGUCACACCAAUCACCACAAUCCACCACUGCACAACCGCUGGCACCAGCAACCAUCCCUCAACAGGCUACCCAAAGUCUCAGAAGCGAGCCUCCCUCACAAGAUGCUUUUAACCAGACCGUUCCUCCUUCGCAACCCCCUCCACUGCAAACCCGCUCAUCACAGUCUCCUCAAGGCUCCCAAAACGAUAAUUCUACUGCAGCAAAAAUGUCGAGACGCACGAUGUUGACCAUGGACACUUUCAGUCCACCUCAACCUGCACAACCACCUUCACAAGAACACAAAGGGAAUUUGUUAGAUAUUCUAAGAGGUGCCAAGCCGCCGCCGCCACCUCAACCAGCAAUGCAGCUCCAACCAGACGAGGACGCUGCACCUAGAAAUGCCUCCAAAUCCAUCAACGAUAUUCUGGCCGAGCAAGGCGUUAAACUGCCACAAACAGUGGCCCCAGUACCGACUCCAGGACCUAGUACGAUAGAAAACAAAUUGCCAGUCAAGAGAGCUUCCCAAAGCCCGGUUGAACCGAAUCACCUUGAUGAUCUCGCGAGAGCUCUUAAGAACUACCCUCAAAACAAGCAGACGCCAGGCGGGAGCAUCAGCAUUAAGAUUCCCCCUCCUCAGCAAAAAUCCGUUGAUCCCAACCAUCUGGCUAGUCUCAUGAACUCCCUCAACAACUUCACACCAAAGAAACCAACACCCCCAGGGACCCUCAAGGAGGCGGGUACCUCCUCGCCCGCUUCCCGAAAACCAGCUGAUCCAAACCAAAUGGCGAUCUUGAUGAAAUCCCUUGGGACAUACCACCCCAAGAAGCCCACACCACCUGGCACGAACGCCCAAUCUCCGAUCGAGAGGGUCGAGACCACGUCUGUUCUGCCUCCGAGGUCGAUGCCAGAUUUUUUCUCAUCCUCAUCUCCUGUCCAAAAUGGAGCCAUUAGCUCUCCAACUCUAUCUACAAAUACGAAUGGACCCAAGCUUGCUAGCGGGUCGGACUCCGUUGGAAGGAUGGCCUCCUUUGACCGUCGUUCCACUAUCAAGCCGGAACAGCAGCAAACUCUACUCGGACUUUUCAAAUCACCAACCAUUGAAAACCCUAUUGUUUCGGGCGGUCCACCAAUCACAAUUCCACCCAACAACUUCGCCCCAAAAAAUACAGUUCAAACCCAAAGAGCUGAUAAACCAGUUGCUGCCGAGAUGCACAGGACUGGCUCAUUAAGUAUGGAGCAAACUGCCUUCCUCAUGAGCUUCCUAGACAAUCUUGCAACCCAGCAUGGCGUUUAG